AUGCUGUCGUUUGAUGCAGACGACGUCUCCAGUGACGAAGAACUCAUAGGAAUUCCAGGUCCAGACAUCCCGGACCCCGAUAUUUCCUUCUCUCAGGAGAAACUGGGGGAUCUCUCAGUCACGGAAAAUAAUCUGGAAGAAACCGCCGUGUUAACGCUCUGUGACGGACUAGCGAAUAGCCUCACAAAAGUCGAACGAGACCGAAUGGAGCUGCUCAAUCUGUACACAAUAGCGCUCGCUCAGCAGCCGAGUCCAAUUGUGUUGGGGCGAGAUCAGUUCCAAGACGUGUUUGGCGAUAAUAUCCGAGGCGGGAUGCUGUCACAUUUGAGUCGCCGACAUUGCUUGAUUCACGUCGAGAACAUGUCGUCGCAGGAUGAAUCCGCUAGAAUGGGAGUUAAAGUGCGUAUUGAAGAUACAAGUACUAACGGCAUCAAGAUUAAUGGACUGCCGCUUAAAAAUGGCCAGUCGCACGAGUUGCAGUUGAAUGAUAUUGUCACACUGAUGCGGAUUCGACGAGGAGAGGAGGACGUUUCGCUGGAAUACAAGCUGAUUCGGGCGGAUCCGGGGCCUGAAAAGAGCAAGAGAAGGAGUAGAAAGAGCAGACACGAUGGACGGUUCGUCAGACCGAGCGACAAGUUCUCGUGCGAGUUACUGGACGUGAGCAAUCGACACGGACUCUCUCCAGUGCAGGAAUCGGACGGUGUAUCACCUGUCACAGUUCCAGCUCGAGCUAUUGCACAGGACAUGCGACAUGAGAUACCAGCGGGGCUAUUUACUCCAGCAGAUACCUCUCAGUCCUCGAGGAAGAAGGAGGAUACGAGCAAAGCGGAGCCAUUUCGACCAAUGCCUAUCUUGGCGCGGAGAAUUCAAUGCACAGUGUUAUUCGCUGAUCAGUCCACACAGGAUUUCUCCGAGACGAGUCAGCCUCUAGAGGUGCCGAACUUUGACUACCGUGAAGAGUUAUCCGAGAUCUUGUCGUCUUUUGCUUCGAUCCGAUCAUUUGACGCAUCAUCGUAUCACUGUGCGACCAUAGAGACGAUUGAAGACGCUCUAAACGAUGACAGCGAUGUGGUGUUCUAUACCGGUGGGGGGGAUGAGGAUCAUUUGGUAGUAGAAGGCUCAAACGGGUUGUCAGCUCGUCUCGAAAAGGACGAUAUACGUCAACUCUUGUCUGAAGCAGGCCCUUACUCACCAAAGCUGAUCGUUGUCAUCGCACCUUCACUUGGACCAGCUUUUCUGUUGGCUGAAUGCGGGGCUCCUCACGUAUGUUUCUUGAGCUCUACCAGCAAACAUUCACUGCGGGUUACUUCGUUUAUAAGGGCGCUGACUGCUGGUCUACUAAAAGGCUAUUCUAUCGAGAAGAGCUACAUUUUGGCUGAGUUCGUGGCUCUGAACGACUUACUGCCAAUUGUACGACCAACCGACCAGAUCUGUAAGUUGCUACCGAGCUCGAAGCGACACAACAACCAGAUCGGGUCUCCUAUCACAGAAGCGGCGGCCGAUAGAAACGUGAUUGCCCUGCUUAACGCGCUAUUUAUCCCCGUUCUGGCAACUCAUUUCCUCGGAAGAGAUGUCCAAGUCCGCAAGGCAGCUUUGGCUCAGAAGAUUCGAGUCUGCAACGUGCAUGGCCCUCGAGGCGUCGGGAAGUCGUCAAUUGCCAUUCACGUUGCUAAAAUGUCAUACCGCACGAGGGGAUACCGGAAUGGGGUGCACUAUUUUGCUGUAGACAAGUUGGUGGAGCACAUUCAAAACGGUAUCAACUCAGUUUUGGCGUCCUCGCACGACGACGAGUACCCGCGGCCGAGUACUCAGCGCGAAGAUCCUCUACCGAAAGUGAUCGAAGGGGUCGAAACCCUUCUUCAUUCACUUCCAGAGACGGACCCCGCAAAUUACCCGACUACACUUCUGGUUUUGGACGGGUGCGACGUCGUUCUUCCAGCACUUGAGGUGUUUGUGCUGAAUAUCAUUCGGUCGUUUCCCAGUGUCCAGAUCUUAGUAACUUCAACCGAAAAGCUACAGCUGGACACUGAUGGAGGCGAUUAUUUACGUGAAGAAGCCAUUCACGUUAAAGAACUGGGGAAAGCGGAUAGUGCCAAGCUAUUCUUCAAGUUAGCAAGGGGUCAUUUGACCUCAAGACAAUUCCGACACCGUACGUUCGACUAUUAA